CUCUCUCUCUCUCUCUCUCUCUCUCUUGGCAGUUAGCUCUCACUCACACACUUUCUCUCUCUAAAAUCUCUCUCCCUCUCUCCCUUUCUCUUUCCUCUCUGAUAUUUUCUGAGCUUCACGCUUCUCUCGGCGCCUCGGACUCAACACUAUUUCCAGAUCCGUCUUUUCGUAAGCUUUCUAAUUGUUCAAGUUCAGUCUCGCCAUUUCUCCUCCUACUUCUUCUUCUUUCUCUGUCCUUGAAAGAGAAGGGAAAAAAAUGGUGUAUACAAUCACGGGAGUACGCUUCCCUGCAAUUCCUUCGGCGUAUAGGCCUUUAUCGCAUUCAAGCUUCAAUGGCGAUCGUAGGAGUACCAGUCUCUCACUGCUCUUGAAGAAGAACUCGGUUUCUCGUAAGAUUUUUGCUAAGAAGUCUUCCUAUGAUUCUGAUUCUUCAUCUUUUACGGUCUCUGCAUCUGCAUCGGAUAAAGUUCUAGUUCCUGGCACUCAGAGUGGCGAGCCUUCAUCUUCAACAGAUCAACUUGAUACGCCUGGCACAGCCACGGAGGAGCCUCAGGUUCUUGAUGUAGAUGAUCUAACAAUGGAACAUCGUGUGGACGUUAAUAUUGAAGUUGUUCCUUCAUCACAAUUAAUUGACGAUAAAGCUCUUAUUGUGGAGGCAGCUGGUCCUCUCGAAGGAACAGCAAGUACUACUAAAGUUGAAACUACAGAAAUUAAAAUGUCCAUUCCACCACCGGGUGCUGGGCAAAAAAUAUAUGAAAUAGAUCCAAUGUUAAAUGGUUACCGGCAACACCUUGAAUAUCGUUUUGAGCAAUACAAAAAACUACGCGAGGACAUUGACAAAUACGAAGGAGGUUUGGAGGUGUUUUCUCGUGGAUUUGAAAAGUUUGGUUUUCAAUGCAGUGCAACAGGUAUAACUUAUCGAGAGUGGGCACCAGGAGCUAAGUCUGCAUCUCUGAUUGGAGACUUCAACAAUUGGAAUCCAAAUGCAGAUGUUAUGACGCGGAAUGAAUUUGGUGUCUGGGAGAUCUUUUUGCCAAACAAUGCAGAUGGUUCACCUGCAAUUCCUCAUGGUUCUCGAGUAAAGAUCCGCAUGGAUACUCCUUCUGGAAUCAAAGAUUCAAUUUCUGCUUGGACUAGGUUUUCAGUACAGGCUCCAGGAGAAAUUCCUUAUAAUGGCAUAUACUAUGAUCCACCAGAGAAGGAAAAGUAUGUCUUCCAGCAUCCUCAGCCAAAAAGACCAAAAUCACUCCGAAUUUAUGAGGCACACGUUGGAAUGAGUAGUACGGAGCCAAUGAUUAAUUCAUAUGCAAACUUUAGAGAUGACGUGCUUCCUCGCAUUAAAAGACUUGGUUACAAUGCUGUUCAGCUCAUGGCUAUUCAAGAGCACUCUUAUUAUGCCAGCUUUGGGUACCAUGUCACAAAUUUUUUUGCACCUAGCAGUCGUUGUGGAACCCCAGAUGAGUUGAAGUCACUGAUUGAUAAAGCCCAUGAGCUAGGCCUGCUUGUUCUUAUGGAUAUUGUUCACAGCCAUUCAUCAAAUAAUACUUUAGAUGGACUGAACAUGUUCGAUGGGACUGAUGGUCAUUACUUCCACUCUGGGUCACGUGGAUAUCACUGGAUGUGGGAUUCUCGUCUUUUUAAUUAUGGAAGCUGGGAGGUAUUGAGAUUUCUUCUCUCAAAUGCAAGAUGGUGGCUCGAAGAGUUCAAUUUUGAUGGUUUCAGAUUUGAUGGUGUGACUUCAAUGAUGUACACCCACCAUGGGUUGCAGGUAGCAUUUACAGGAAAUUACAAUGAGUAUUUUGGAUUCGCAACAGAUGUAGAUGCUGUUGUCUAUCUAAUGCUGGUCAAUGACAUGAUUCAUGGGCUCUUCCCUGAAGCUGUGACCAUUGGUGAAGAUGUCAGCGGAAUGCCAACAUUUUGUAUUCCUGUUCAAGAUGGUGGUGUUGGAUUUGACUAUCGCCUUCAUAUGGCCAUUGCCGAUAAAUGGAUUGAACUCCUCAAAGUGCAAGAGGAAUACUGGAAAAUGGGUGAUAUUGUUCACACACUCACAAACAGAAGGUGGUCAGAGAAGUGUGUUUCUUAUGCUGAAAGCCACGAUCAAGCUCUUGUUGGUGACAAAACAAUUGCAUUCUGGUUGAUGGACAAGGAUAUGUAUGACUUUAUGGCUCUGGACCGACCAGCAACCCCUCGUAUAGAUCGUGGAAUAGCAUUACACAAAAUGAUUAGGCUUAUUACUAUGGGAUUGGGCGGAGAAGGAUAUCUAAAUUUCAUGGGGAAUGAAUUUGGACAUCCUGAGUGGAUAGAUUUUCCAAGGGCUGAUCAGCAUCUUUCUGAUGGUUCAAUAAUUCCUGGAAAUGGUUUUAGCUAUGACAAAUGUCGGCGUAGAUUUGAUCUUGGUGAUGCAGAUUAUUUGAGAUAUCACGGAAUGCAAGAAUUUGAUCAGGCAAUGCAGCAUCUUGAAGAUGCAUAUGGCUUCGUGACUUCUGAACACCAAUACAUAUCCCGGAAGGAUGAAACAGAUAGGGUUAUUGUCUUUGAAAGGGGAGACCUUGUUUUUGUCUUCAACUUUCACUGGGCUAAUAGUUAUUUUGACUACCGGGUAGGCUGCUCAAGGCCAGGAAAGUACAAGAUUGUAUUGGAUUCAGAUGACUCGUUAUUUGGAGGCUUUAAUAGGCUUGAUCACAAUGCCGAAUACUUCUCUGCCGAAGGGUGGUACGAUGAUAGGCCUCGUUCUUUCCUAGUAUAUACUCCUAGUAGGACAGCAGUAGUUUAUGCUUUGGUUAGGGAUGACAGCAAAUCACUGGUUUCCGAAACAAAAGGCGAAGACAACAAACCACUGGUGUCCAAAACAAUAAGCGGUGACAAUGAACGACAGGUGGAAUCCAUUAAAGGGUGAUAUCAUCUUUCAAAUGAAGUUUUGGUGAGAAUCUAUUGAUGUUGUCAUCCUCUCCUCUGGCUCAUCGGAACAACCUCGUCCUGUAUAUUUCUUUGCUAAUAAUUCUAAUGGAGUGCUGCUUAGAUCUCCAUUGUCAAGCAAUCCACAGUCAUAACAAUCGUGGUAAACAAGAAGAUGCAUGUACGACUUUUCCAAUCAUGUGAGUCAUUAAGAGCUCAAAGGAGACCAAUCUCUACUAGGAGGUGGUGUAUUGUAAAGACACGUUGUGGUAGUUUUGUGAAAUUUUAUUUUGUAAGUAGAUCUUAAUAAAACUCGAAUGAGUUGGAGAAUCAGGUUAUAGAUUUCAUCUGUAUAGAACGCUAGAUGCAGCUAAUUUUGGAUUUUCUUUUAGGUUUUCUAAUGAAUCUUGUGAAUUUAACAUAGAUUUGAAAAAUUGGGAUCUUUUUUCAUCA